AUGUUACUGCACGACGACGAGAUGGAGACGCUGGAGGCGCUGGAGGCGACGUUGUCGUUUGUGGAUGACUUCUCGCAUGUCGCGCUGAAGCACGGAGCAAUUCCACAUGGAAAUGAAGGGGUUUGUAGUUCACUUCUACAUGCUUCUUUCUCGUCAGAUUUAGCGUCAGUCACCGUCGGGAUGAAUGGAGGGAACGGCGUGACUAUCAUGGACGAUGAGCUGGAGAGCCUGUUGCUAGAAACAGAGAUGCCAAGCUAUGUAAAUGCUUCAAAUGCGGUAAAAAUUGAGACCUCAACAAUAGGAGCGUCUGCCCAAGCGUCCAGUCCGACCAGCAACUCGGUUUUAUUAGUUGCCGGCCCAGUCGUCAACGCCAACAACGAAUCCAACCAUCAAAGUCCCCGUGGCAAUGAAAAGCACGUUACAAGCGGCAAGUCUAAGAAACGUGUGAGGUUAAAUCCAAAUCGGGCUCGUGACAAUCGAAAGAAUGAGCUAGCCUAUCUACGCAAUAAAGUCAAGCAAAUGGAAGACCAGCUUCUCUCUCUUCGCCAGCUGUAUAUUGACAAUAAGGAUUUCACCAGCAUGCCAACCACCACGAAACCCUCGACAGCGGAAAUGACUCCUGUUUGGCGUGACAUGGCGUCAGCCCAACAGCAACGACGAGAGAACGCAGAGCGUGAGAACGCGCGGCUUAAGCUAGUUUUGGAAAGUCAGAUUAAGCUGGCGAAAAGUAUGGAGGCAGUGAUGCAGAGGCGGACACGGCAGCAGUUGGCCGGCUUCAAUGGUGUCGUAGGUAACGCUGUUGGCGACGCGCAGGGCUCCACGUGGGACCUUCUUCUGGAUAAAGAUACAUACGAUACGUUGUUGGCUCGCGCAGAGGCAGCAUACCACGAGGUGGACGAAGUUCUCGCUGCAAAUGGGCUCAAAUAUCUUGAAACCGCGUGCACCAACGCCCAAAUGCGUGAAGGCUCACAGGGCUUGUAUGCAGACAUUUUCACUAACAAGAUGCUGCCAUUCGACUUUAACACUGCAGCUGAGGCGGUAUGGACGCAUUUCCGAGGCAGUGAGAAACACCGCGGUAACCUGUACGAAAAUUUCUCCAAGGAUGUCGAAUCAUCAUCCGAUACUGUGGCCGAAAUGUUUGCUAUUGAAUUCAUGGCAAACGACAUGGCUGCUGAUUUUCGCGUCAAGCAGGUCGUACGGCGCUACGUUGAAGAUGAUCGACAGGUUGUAGUCUGGGUUUCCACUGCAUCGGCGCUCGAAGAUUCCAAGUCACCUUUCACGAGCUUUGGCUUUUGCGAGAAGGGUUACGUCAUCAGUAAGCGCGUACGAGGACGAGACGACUUUUCAAUGUUUCAGACGUGUUGCUUGGUGUCGCCCCAGAUGUCCGACGCUGGGCCGUUCGAUCUGUCCACGGUCGGAACCUUUACAGAAUUCGUGCUAAGUUUCAUGUUCGCCACCAUCACAUCGAGCCAGCAACUCAUUGAGAACAUGCUAAUGGACCAGUCGCUAAAACCUAAGCUCCGCCCACAGGCUUUAAUUGGUUGA